AUGGAUACAUAUCAACGGUCAGCAGGUCAGGGCACUGGGAAGUCUGAGUGGGGAGUAAGAGGGAGGCAGAUUCCGAACUUCCGAGAAGGCACCCCAACAAUCCCGUGGCGCCGCAGUCUCCCCUCUGGAAGGUCGAAUCCGGGAAGAAGGGCGUUGGAUCCGGCUGGGGCACUCCAUCGGGAGGGCACCGAGCGCACCGGUACAUCCCCAAAGACCGGCGAUUGCCUGGGAGACUCCGGAGGGGGUGGGGGGCAGGCGGCAGGGCGCGGGGCCGGCCGGGGAGCAAGGGAUCCGCGGCGGGGCCAUCCGGGGUCGGCGCACGGCCGGGGAGGAUGGGUCCAGCGCAGGGGAGUGGGCUGGAAGGAACACAGCGAGAGCGAGAGAAAGGACGGGACGGAGGUCGGGCCUCGGCCAGGGACAGCCCUCUGCCCGGCCGCGCUUACCCGGCUCCGCGGGGCCCGAGCACCAUCGCCGCCGCCGCCUCACACAAAGGCCCCGGCCCGCCGUGCCCGGCCCGACAAGGAGGCGGCGCCGCCGGCCGCGGCCAGACUCUCCAUCCGCCGCGCCGCUCGCCGCACCGGCCCGGGCCGCCCCCGUCGCCCGGCCCGCAGCGCCCCCCGCCGUCCCGGAGGAGGCAGCGCCCCCCGCCGCUGGACCUCAGCGUCCCCCGCCGCCCGGGAGGAGGCAGCGCCCCCCCAUGGCGGCGACGGGAGCGAGGCGGGAGGGGUGAAAAGCCACCAAGCCUGGGGCCCGCUCCCCAGACCCCGCGCGGCCCUGCGACGUUACCACCACCACCACCACCACCCCGCCCAGUUCUGGCUUUUCUGA